GGGGCCGCGGCGGCUCUGGAGCGGGUGGUGGGCGUCUGAGAAGUCGCCACCAUGAGGAAGCUCUUCAGCUUGGGGAGACGCCUGGGCCAGGCGCUCCCGAGCUCCAGGGACAAAGAGUACGCGGGUCCCGGGUACCACACCCGGGACUGGGAACUGCGGAAGAUCCACAGGGCGGCCAUCAAGGGCGACGCCGCGGAGGUGGAGCGCUGCCUGAGGCGGUUUGCGGACGUGGACGCCCGCGACAGAAAGGACAGUCUGAAGGAAAACAUGAAGAAUUCGGGAAACUUUUUGAGUUAAUAUCAUCACUGGAGUAUAAUGUGGAUCAAAUAAGAAAGAAAAAUCAUGAAUUAGAAGAAGAGGCAAC